AUGAAUCUGACCGAGAGUGUGAACGAUCAGAUAGCUGGAACGUUCGAAAACAUGGACUUUGGAAUGAACUCACGUUCAAUACAACAGUUGAUAUCGGCUUCAAUACUUAUUCUAGGCAUAUCUGUUAUUGUCGUAAGUUUUUUUUAAUUUUGGUUUUUUUUGUUUUUUUUUAUCAUUAACAAUCAUAAUCUUCGUAUUUUACAAUUACUACUUUUCAAAAAAGAUAAAAUCUUCAAAAAAUGUGUGUAAAUAAAGUUUUUGCAAUCUUAAAAAAUAAUGUGUGUAAACAAUAUUCUUGCAGUUUAAAAAGCUACAGUAAUGACAAAAAUAGUUACUGUGUUAAGUUCGAAACCAUAAAGUAGAUACAAACUCUGAAACUACAACAAGAAUAGUAGAUUGAUUGUAAAACAGAGAUCACUUUUCCGAUCUAAUUGUACAUUUGUCUCUCAUCCAUUUUGAUAUAGCGCUGUCACUAUUAAUUAAUGAAAAAAAUCGCUUUUCAAAGAAUUUUUUUUUGAAAAUUUGAAAUUACAUUGAGAUCAACUCGAGCCGGUUUUUGUAAAAUACGGAACAGUGAAUAUAAUACAGGGAAGAAAAGUGCAGUCGGAUACAGUACUGUAGAACAGGAAAAUGGUAAGGUAGGGUAGGGUAGGGUAAGGUAGGGUAGGGUAGGGUAGGGUAGGGUAGGGUAGGGUAGGGUAGGGUAGGGUAGGGUAGGGUAGGGUAGGGUAGGGUAGGGUAGGGUAGGGUAGGGUAGGGUAGGGUAGGGUAGGGUAGGGUAGGGUAGGGUAGGGUAGGGUAGGGUAGGGUAGGGUAGGGUAGGGUAGGGUAGGGUAGGGUAGAAGUGUUUUAAAGGCUUGCAUAAUUUUUUAAUUAAACUUUGUUUUGUUACCUAAAAAGGUGUUUACAACUUAAUAUGCUAACUUAACGUGGCAGUUGUGAGUUGUUCUUUCACCUAAUCACCUGACAGUAAUUAAAAAAUAUUUCGUAAAAGGCGUGUGUAAUGUUUUAAUAGCCGGAAGUUAGCAUAUUACUCAUGAGUUACCGCUGCCUUGAACGUUACUGUAACGGUAAGGUCGGUCAAAUUUCAAAAUUUUAAAACUUUUUGAAAAUUGCAGAAACUUUUUUUACAAUUUUGUUUUAAAAUUUUUGUGACAGUGUGUUACCGUGUACCAAUAAUAUCAUUUCAGACCAUUUCUUUCUUCAUUUUCCGUUUGUACAUGUUGUACUGUAGAAACUACCGUAAUACUGUAACCUACCAUCUACCGUCACAUCAGAAUCCGAAUAACCGAAACAGAAGAAUGAAGAGUGACUCAGAUAGCCAACGGCCGUUAUAUUCGUUUAAAAAUGUCUUCAGUGAUAGUGAAGAGAACAUCAUGCAUAUCUAA